AUGCCGAUUCACACAAGAACAAGCAGUGGCAAGGUGGAGGCGGAGCGGCAGAUUUCUACUGUCUUGGAAUCCUUCAAUACAGAUUUGAGGAGCAUAAAAUCCACGACAGCUCAAGUACAAGAAGAGCUGCAAAGCCUACACGAAAUGGUGCACAAUGCUCAACAGAUGGCGGUGCUCGAGCGACUUGACAUAGCUAAAGGGGCCUCCUUCGACUCAAACUCUGACGAGCAUGAGCCGACAUGCCUAGCAAAUACCCGGGUGGAACUGCUCGAGGAAAUACAGAAUUGGGCUGCUGAUUCGAGCGCCGAGCCCAUCUUUUGGCUGAAUGGUAUGGCAGGAACCGGAAAGUCAACCAUCUCCCGCACUAUCGCCGAGUCAUUUGCAGCUCAAGGUCGUCUAGGCGCUAGCUUCUUCUUCAAGAGAGGCGAGACCGAUAGGGGAACCAUUGCUAAGUUCUUCCCGACACUUGCGGCCGAUCUGCACAAGGAAUACACGAGAGCAAUUUAG